UCCACAGCGCGCAGAGCCUCCUCUCUCUCGCCUGCUUGUAAUUCCUGCUCUUCGUGCCAGAGCCUGCAGCUGUCUACGCCGCGUCCCACCGCCGCUGUUGUGGGAAAUAAUCGACCCUGCAUGACGAACCGACGGCGGACUCUCUUUCCCCCCCUUGAAGUGUCAGCGGAAACCCGAAGGAUAUCGUAACUUUUGAAACAAUUUCGAACACAGUUAAGAGACUAAAUGAAGACACCUGACAGCUCGUAACGCCCCAUCCGCGUGUUGACUGAAAUCCUUGACACUGUGAAGGCUACAGGAAUGUGGGAUACAAGUCACUCUCAGCGUAAAAGGACCUGCCUCCACCCCUGACACCAUGACCACAGACCUGAACUUGACCUCCCUGCUGAACGUAACUGAUCUGCACAACCACACAAGAGGAUGUUCCCUCACCAAGACCGGUUUCCAGUUCUACUACCUGCCCACCGUCUACAUCAUGGUCUUCAUCACGGGGCUGGUGGGCAACAGCCUGGCCAUAUGGAUGUUUGUGUGUCACAUGAGACCGUGGAGCAGCAUCUCUGUUUACAUGUUCAACCUGGCGCUGGCUGACUUCUGCUACGUGCUCUCGCUGCCCUUCCUUAUAUUCUACUACUUUAACAAAACUGACUGGAUAUUUGGGGACAUUCUCUGCAGACUGCAGCGUUUUAUAUUCCAUGUGAAUCUAUAUGGGAGUAUUCUGUUUCUCACUUGCAUCAGCGUGCACAGGUACACUGGGGUGGUGCACCCGCUCAAGUCCCUGGGCCGCCUGAAGAAGAAAAGCGCAGUCAUCAUUAGUGCUUUAGUGUGGGUGGUGGUCGUUAUAGGUAUCUCUCCAAUUCUUUAUUAUUCCAGGACCGGCUUGAAGCGUAACGCAACCAUAUGUUACGACACCACGACUGAGGACGAACUACCAGGUUAUUUUAUCUACAGCAUGACUUUGACUGUUUUUGGGUUCUGCAUCCCAUUUAUUAUCAUCUUCUGUUGCUACGGCAUGAUUGUGAAAGCGUUAAUCUACAAUGACAUGAACAACGCCCCUCUGCGGCAGAAAUCCAUCCACCUCGUCAUCAUCGUGCUCGCGGUCUUCGCCGUUUCCUACCUGCCUUUCCACGUGAUGAAGAACCUGAACAUGCGGGCAAGGCUCUACUUCCAGAGCCCGGACAUGUGCGACUUUAACAACCGUGUGUACGCCACCUAUCAAGUGACACGUGGUCUAGCCAGCCUUAAUAGCUGCGUGGAUCCUAUUCUGUACUUCCUGGCUGGAGAUACCUUCAGGAGGAAGCUGUCGCGAGCUACAAAAAAGCCAUCAAAGAAGGGGGAUCACGUCCUGCAGUCUAAAAGCGAGGAGACGGCUUUGAACAGCCUGGCUGAGUACGUGGAGAACGGCGAACGGCGGAUGUGACAAAGUCAUGGGUGUGGAUUUGUGUUAGCUUUAUAAAAGCAUGAUGGACUUUGUAUUGAAUGCAUAAAUGCACUGGUGGUGUGCAGGCUGUGCUAUAGGGAUGGUUUUAUUGAGCUGUAGAAUAAAUACUCCAUAUUAAACCCUGUGAUAACCAUCGCUUGCUUGCAGCCUGUCGAUGUUGAUAAGCUAUCGUACUCUAUUGUCCCGUAUUGUACUUUAAAUGUUCGAGCCAUCACUGAUCUCUCUUAAAGUGUUGCUUCAAUUAGGACUCAUUAUGAACAAGAAGGCUGCAGGAAAUAAGUUUCCCUACCAGGUUUAAUCUCCUGCUCAUCAGGUUGGUUUGGAAAAUAGGCGAGAGAACAGAUGAAAUCCUCUCCGGCCACCGUGGUGAUGUUGAAUCAGUAUCUAUUAAGGAGAGCUCGUGUUUAAAGAAGUGUACCGGCGAUGGCUCUUAGAGGAAAAAUUAAAUGCACUGAACCUGAGAUGCUGCAUGGAUGUGCCGUGCAGACAUUGUAAUGCACUAUGACCGGGGACUCUCUGCACAGAGGGCCACCCAUCCAUCCUCAUUUCUCCCUUCAUCUAUUACUGACUGAGGGAGAAAUGUGGUCAACUAGUUUUUCAUUUGACAGCUCUGAGGUUGAGGUCUGCGACGGCUCUUUUACCACAAUCUUUCUCUGCUUAUUAACCUGUUGUGAACAGAAAAAAGGAGAAGAUAACACUUACAGUAUUUGUGUAAAUACAACUGAGAUGAAUGUUUUUAGGUGUAAUGUACAGGAUGUUGUGGUUAGCAUGUGUUGUAAACUUGAUCUGUUGUAGUCAGCAUCACUAACCAAUACUUUUAGUGCAUGUAUCAAAAACCACAACCAGACUAGCCGCAGCCGCUUCUAACUGCUUGUAUUUUUUUGCAGCAUACUGUAUGAUAAAUAACAUGCUCACUCAUUUGCGUAGCAACUCCAUCAUCAUAUUGAAGACUUGUUGUGUGAGAUACCUCAAAGUGAAUUCUGCACUGUGUUGUGUUUUGGCAGAUAAUCAUUUCUCUUUUGUACCGUGUCAUCAUCACUGUGGAGAAUUGAUUGUGGAGCUCUUUCUGUACAUAUUUUACCCUGGACUGUGUAGAUGUUUGAUGUCAGUACUAAUACCUUUGUAAAUCUGUAAUGUGGUCAGCUCUUGUCAAGAAAAGGAAGUGAAUCACCUGUGCAGGAUAUCUGGGGCCACAUGUAUCUUUGUCAAUAAAUUUUUUUUAUAUUUAAAAC